GCUCGUUCUCGAAAUGUGGAAAACAUGCGCACAGCGAUGUUUAAUGGGGACCGCAUCAACUUCACCGAGAAUCGCGCCGUACUUCACAUUGCGCUUCGCAACAGAAGUAACAAACCAAUCCUUGUCGAUGGAAAAGAUGUAAUGCCGGAUGUGAACCGAGUUCUGGCUCACAUGGAGGAUUUUUGCCAUAAAAUUAUCAGUGGAGCAUGGACUGGCUAUACAGGACAGAAGAUCAAGGAUGUGGUUAAUAUUGGAAUCGGUGGUUCUGAUCUGGGUCCUCUGAUGGUUUGCGAAGCUCUUCGACAUUAUCAAGUUGGACCCAAUGUUCACUUCGUUAGCAAUGUUGACGGAACUCAUAUUGCUGAGGUUAUUAAGAAGCUCAAUCCGGAAACUACAUUAUUCAUCAUAGCUUCAAAGACAUUCACCACUCAGGAGACCAUAACAAAUGCGGAAACAGCGAAAGAAUGGUUCCUAGCUAAGGUAUUCACUCUCGUCCAGUCAUUAUUUACAAUUGCCUCAGAGUACACGUUCCAGGCAGGAGACAAAAGUGCUGUUGCAAAGCAUUUUGUCGCUCUUUCUACCAACGUUCCUAAAGCCACGGAGUUCGGAAUCGAUCCGGCGAACAUGUUUGAAUUUUGGGAUUGGGUAGGAGGAAGAUAUUCUUUGUGGUCAGCAAUUGGUCUUUCUAUUGCUGUACACGUUGGAUUUGAUAAUUUCAAGAAGCUUCUAGAAGGUGCUCAUGCAGCAGACCAACACUUCGUAAACCAGCCUCUUGAUCGUAACGUGCCGGUUAUUAUGGCAAUGUUAGGAGUUCUGUACAUCAAUGUCUAUGGUGCAGAGACGCAUGCACUGCUUCCGUAUGAUCAGUAUCUCCAUCGGUUUGCUGCUUACUUCCAGCAAGGUGAUAUGGAGAGCAAUGGGAAAUUCGUGACAAGGGAAGGCGGACGAGUUGACUACUCCACUGGCCCAGUUGUGUGGGGUGAACCUGGUACUAAUGGUCAACACGCGUUUUAUCAGCUAAUUCAUCAAGGCACUCGCCUGAUUCCUUGUGAUUUCAUAGCUCCCGCUAAAACACUCAAUCCAAUUCGCAACGGCCUGCAUCACCAGAUUCUUCUCGCGAAUUUCUUAGCCCAGACGGAGGCAUUGAUGAAGGGUAAGACCCGUGAGGAAGCGGAAGCUGAGCUGAAAGCCGCAAACACUCCAGCUGACAAAAUAGCGAAAAUUCUUCCACACAAGGUAUUUGAAGGGAACCGUCCUACAACAUCGAUCGUACUGCCUGUAGUUUCUCCGUACACUCUUGGUUUAUUGAUCGCCCUAUAUGAACAUAAAAUCUUUGUGCAAGGAGUGGUUUGGGACAUCAACAGCUAUGAUCAGUGGGGAGUCGAACUCGGAAAGCAGCUGGCCAAAGUCAUUCAACCAGAGCUUGCCUCCAAAGGCACAGUGACCUCGCAUGAUGUGUCUACGAAUGGCUUAAUCAAUUUCAUCAAGUCAUUUUAG